GUGCGCGUCCACGAGAUGUUUAGCACAGUGCGUCACGUUAUUGAAGAACAUGGCGGUUGCGGUGGUAAAGCGUUGCUGCUCUUCAAUGUUAUUUAGGCGAUUGUCUGCGCCAGAAUUAACCACACACAGCUGUUAUCACAAAAAGGUGGUUGAUCACUAUGAAAACCCCAGGAAUGUAGGAUCCCUUGACAAGAGUGCAAAGAAUGUCGGGACUGGCUUGGUUGGUGCGCCUGCUUGUGGCGAUGUCAUGAAAUUACAAAUUCAAGUGGACGAGCAAGGGAAGAUAACGGAUGCCAGGUUUAAAACAUUUGGCUGUGGAUCUGCCAUUGCAUCCAGCUCGCUGGUAACCGAGUGGGUUAAGGGGAAGACGGUGGAUGAAGCCCUUAUGAUUAAGAACACUGAGAUUGCAAAAGAACUCAGCCUCCCACCAGUCAAACUGCAUUGCUCCAUGCUUGCAGAAGAUGCAAUAAAAGCUGCACUGGCAGACUACAGACUGAAACAAGAUGUCAAGGCAACAGCCAAUUAGACCCAACUAGGCUUAUAAGUAGCAAAUAAAACCAUUCCAGUUCUGAAUUGUGUAAUUCCACAAAGGCUAAGAAAUGGAAAACGUUGCACAAGUUUAGUCUGUAACUGCGAAUGCACAAUGCAGUAUAGCUGCUGUAAUCAUUAUUGUGGAGUAAUGAGCCUUAUCAUUGGAAAACAUGUACUUGUUGUUUAUACAUUUUGGGUUUGUGUUAAUUUGGUUCUUUAAAAAUAUUUCCUCAACAGGAGAGAGAUCACCUGUGAAAAGUUAAGCUAGUCAUGGCAAAAUUUAGCACAACUAGAUUUGUGACUUUAACAUGCAGCCAGCCUUUGAAGGGCUUGUCUUCAACAAUAAUAAAACGUAUGUAACAUUCACCUAUAGGUUUAUUUUGCGUAAAAUUGACAUUAGAACAACUUGCUGGCAACAUUCUUCAAUGUAUCUAUAAACAAAUGGUGUAAUAACAAUAAAUGCUCUUGCUUUAAA